UUUAAAUCCCAGCACACACUCGAUAAGACAAAUUUUAUCAAACAUUUACUAUUGAUGUUUCCUUGAGCAUGACACUGAACUCAGCAACUACUGGAUGAAUCAAAGAAGUUUUGACGUCUCUCCCCUCAGGGUCAUGUGAUUUCUUGUAAGUUGCAGAAGUGAAAGCAAAUUCUUCAACCAAGCGGAGCAGGUGGAUAAAAUGGCGUCUGACGCGGGGUGGCAGUACUGGAACUGAAAGUCUUCAACAGAGCAGAGCAGAUGGAUAAAAACUGACGUCUGACGCAGGUCAGUGUUACUGGUUUACCUCUCAGACUGACUGAAGUCCACAAGAUGAGUGCUCGUGUGGAGGAAGAGGAGGGCAGAGCAGAGCCUCCAGUAUCCAACGUUCUGUCUAUGAAGAGAAACCGGUACAACAAUCAUCCUCCAACCUUCAGUAAUGAACCUGGACUGUCAAACACAAAACGUCAGACAGACCACAGACAGAGAGCAGAGUCUCCAGCAUCGGACUGUCUGUCUAUGAAGAGUGACUGGUCCAACCGUACUCCUCUGAACUUCAGUAAUGAACCUGGACCCUCAGACACAAAACGUCAGACAGACCACAGACAGAGAGCAGAGUCUCCAGCAUCGGACUGUCUGUCUAUGAAGAGUGACUGGUCCAACCGUACUCCUCUGAACUUCAGUAAUGAACCUGGACCCUCAGACACAAAACGUCAGACAGACCACAGACAGAGAGCAGAGUCUCCAGCAUCGGACUGUCUGUCUAUGAAGAGUGACUGGUCCAACCGUACUCCUCUGAACUUCAGUAAUGAACCUGGACCCUCAGACACAAAAUGUCAGACAGACCAAAGACAGAGAGCAGAGUCUCCAGCAUCGGACUGUCUGUCUAUGAAGAGUGACUGGUCCAACCAUCGUCCUCCUAACUUCAGCAAUGAACCUGGACCCCCAGACACAAAAGAGAGGAUGAGGAAGAGGAGGAGUGGUGUGUCUGUGGCGGAGCAGCUGUCCUGCUGUUCUUUGUGUCAGGAGGACAUCCUGAAGGAUCCAGUCUCUACCAGCUGUGGACACUGGUUCUGCAGACAGUGCAUCAGCUCAUACUGGGACCAGUCUGCUUCAUCAGGAGACUUCUCCUGUCCUCAGUGUGGAAAAAGAUCCAGGACAAAAUCUGGACUGCAGACAGACAGUCAGACCAUCACUGUACAAAUGAAUGUUGCUUUCUGGGAGGUUGAACAUGAACAUAAGAUCAGUAUGAGGAGGAGAUGUGAACAUGUGACUGAAGGAACUGAUGAAGCAGGAAGUGAAACCCUCCUCAACAGCAUCUACACUGAGCUCUACAUCACAGAGGGACAGAGUGAAGAGGUGAAUACCCAACAUGAGGUGAGGCAGCUUGAGACAGCUUCCAAGAUGAAGAUCCUCCAUGACACUCCAAUCAAGUGUCACGACAUCUUUAAAGUCUUACCUGACCAACUGAGACACAUCAGAGUCGUUAUGACGAGUGGCGUCGCUGGUGUUGGAAAAACCUUCACAGUAAAGAAGUUUACUCUGGACUGGGCAGAGGGCUUGGAAAACCAAGAUGUCAGUCUGGUGAUUCUGUUUUCAUUCAGGGAGCUGAACUUGAUCAAAAAUGAGCAGUACAGUCUUCUCAUGCUGAUCCAUGAUUUCCAUCCAACAUUGAAGAAGGUCACAGCAGAGAAGCUGGCUGUCUGUAAAGUUUUGUUCAUCUUUGACGGCCUGGAUGAAAGCAGACUUUCAUUAGAUUUCAACAACAGGAAGGUCGUGUCUGAUGUCACACAGAAGUCAUCAGUCAACAUGCUGUUGACAAACCUCUUCAUGGGGAAUCUACUUCCCUCGGCUCUCGUCUGGAUAACUUCCCGACCUGCAGCAGCCAAUCAGAUCCCUCCUACAUGUGUUAACAGGGUAACAGAAGUACGAGGGUUCACUGACGCCCAAAAGGAGGAGUACUUCAGGAGGAGAUUCAGUGAUGAAGAUCUGUCCAGCAGAAUCAUCUCACACAUCAAGACAUCCAGGAGCCUCCACAUCAUGUGUCACAUCCCAGUCUUCUGCUGGAUCACUGCUACAGUUCUGGAGCACAUGUUGACUACAGGCAAGAAAGGAGAGCUGCCCAAGACCCUGACUGACAUGUACUCACACUUCCUGCUGGUUCAGACAAAGAGGAAGAAGCACAAGUAUAAUGAGGGACAUGAGAUGAGUCCACAGGAGCUGACGAAGGCUGACAGGGAAGUUCUUCUGAAGCUGGGGAGGCUGGCGUUUGAACAACUAGAGAAAGGAAACAUCAUAUUCUACCAAGAAGACCUGGAUCAGUGUGGUCUUGAUGUCACAGAGGCCUCGGUGUACUCAGGAUUUUGUACAGAGAUCCUCAAAACAGAGAGUGUGAUCUUCCAGAAAACAGUCUACAGCUUUGUUCAUCUGAGUGUUCAGGAGUUUCUGGCUGCAGUCUACAUGUACCACUGUUACACCAGCAGCAACACAGAGGUACUGAAGGCCUUCCUGGGAAAAAAAUACAGUCACUCAUCCCUGGAUGACUUCUUGAUGAAAGCUAUGGAGAAAUCUCUCAGAAGUAAAAAUGGCCACCUGGACCUGUUUGUUCGCUUCCUUCAUGGCCUCUCUGUGAAGUCCAGCCAGAGUCUCUUAGGAGGCCUGCUGGGUCAGACAGAGAACAGUCCAGAAAUCAUCCAAAGAGCCAUCAACAGCAUGAAGAAGAGGAACAUCUCUGUUUCUCCUGACAGAAGCAUCAACAUCUUCCAUUGUCUAAUGGAGAUGAACGACCGCUCAGUACAUCAGGAGAUCCAAGAGUUCCUGAAGUCAGAGAACAGAUCAAAGAAGAAACUUUCUAUGAUCCACUGCUCGGCUCUGGCCUACAUGCUGCAGAUGUCCGAGGAGGUUCUGGAUGAGUUGGACCUGAAGAAGUACAACACAUCAGAGGAGGGACGACGGAGACUGAUCCCAGUUGUGAGGAACUGCAGAAAGGCUGUGUAAGUCCAGAUAUGAUUAUCAACAUUAUAAAUCAAUCACUGCAGAACACACAUACAUCUCUCAUGUCCAGCUGCUCAGUCCAAAAAGUUUUAGAUACUUCCUGUUGCCUCUGUACCCAAC